CGCGCCAUCGUCUCCUGCGUCCGAUUACACAGCGAUCGACAUUCUGCGAGGUCACCUCUCGCCACCAUGUCGUUUCCGGCGCAUGACAUCUCCGCCCCCUUCGAAUUCCCCAAGGAAGAGGAGAAGAUUAUUCAGUUCUGGAGAGAAAUCGACGCGUUCCAGACGAGCUUGAAGCUCACUGAGGGCAAGCCCGAGUUCUCGUUCUACGAUGGGCCCCCGUUCGCGACUGGCCUCCCGCACUACGGGCAUUUGCUCGCGGGUACGGUGAAGGACAUUGUCACCCGACACGCCUCGACGAACGGCUAUCACGUCAUUCGUCGCUUCGGGUGGGACACGCACGGUCUCCCCGUCGAGCAGGACAUCGACAAGCGCUUCAACAUCCGCGGAAAGGACGACGUGAUGAAGAUGGGGAUCGACAAGUACAACGCCGAGUGCCGGUCCAUCGUCAUGCGUUACUCGAGCGAGUGGCGCGCGACAGUCGAGCGUAUGGGCCGCUGGAUCGAUUUCGACAACGACUACAAGACGCUGAACACGACGUUUAUGGAGAGUGUGUGGUGGGCGUUCAGCGAGUUGUUCAAGAAAGGGCUUGUGUACCAUGGGCUGCGCGUCAUGCCCUACUCGACCGGUCUGAACACCCCCCUUUCCAAUUUCGAGGCGCAGAUGGACUACAGGGAUGUGAAUGAUCCUGCAGUCACUGUCUCCUUCCCACUCGUCGAUGACCCAACGACGUCUUUCCUAGCAUGGACGACUACGCCGUGGACAUUACCAUCCAAUCUGGCGCUUUGCGUGCACCCGGAUUACACCUACAUCAAGAUCCACGACCAGGAGCGCGACCAGAACUUCAUCAUUCACCAGGAUCUGCUACGCACGCUAUACAAGGACCCGAAGAAGGCCAAGUACAAGAAGCUCGGCGAGUGGAAGGGUAUUGACUUGAAAGGCUGGCGCUACGUGCCGCUGUUCGAGUACUUCACCGAGCAGUACGAAGACCGUGCCUUCCGCGUCCUUGUCGACAAAUACGUCACAAACGCCGACGGUACCGGUAUCGUCCACCAGGCCCCCGCCUUCGGCGAAGAUGAUCACCGUGUCGCCAUCGCGCACGAAGUCAUCCGCCCCGACGAGCUUCCGCCCUGCCCAAUUGACGACGUCGGCCGCUUCACUCACGAGGUACCGGACUUCGAGGGCCAGCACGUCAAGGCCGCGGACAGCGCGAUACAGAAGGCGCUCAAGGCGAAGGGCCGCCUCAUUGUGCAGAGCACGCUCAAGCAUAGCUAUCCUUACUGCUGGCGUUCGGGAACACCGCUGAUCUACCGCGCGAUCCCGGUGUGGUUCGUGAAGGUGUCGCCAAUUGUGGACCAGUUGGUGGAAAAUAACAGGAAGACGCGAUGGGUUCCGCAGAGCGUGGGUGACCACCGAUUCGCGAACUGGUUGGCGAACGCCCGCGACUGGAACGUGUCACGGAAUCGGUACUGGGGCACGCCGAUCCCCUUGUGGGCGAGUGAGGACAUGCAGGAGAUCGUCUGUGUUGGCUCAGUGGAGGAGCUGGAGAGGUUAUCAGGUGUCACCGGGAUCACCGACUUGCAUCGCGACAAGAUCGACCACAUCACCAUCCCCUCGAAGCAGGGCAAGGGCGUCUUGAGACGAGUCGAAGAGGUCUUCGAUUGUUGGUUUGAGUCUGGCAGCAUGCCAUACGCCCAGAUCCACUACCCCUUCGAAAACAAGGACCUGUUCAAGAGCUGUUUCCCGGCGCAUUUCGUCUGUGAAGGUAUCGACCAGACAAGAGGGUGGUUCUACACCUUGCUCGUAUUGUCGACGCAUCUCUUCGGUUCAGCGCCAUGGCAAAACCUCAUCACGCACGGCUUGGUGCUUGCUGCCGACGGCAAGAAGAUGAGCAAGAGCUUGCGCAACUACCCGGACCCUAACCACAUUCUCGACACAUACGGAGCGGAUGCCACCCGAAUGUACCUCGUCAACUCCCCCGUCGUCCGCGGCGACAACCUGCGCUUCCGCGAAGACGGCGUGCGCGAGGUCGUCUCCAAGGUCCUCCUUCCCUGGCUCAACUCCUUCCGCUUCUUCCUCGGGCACUCCGCCCUGCUCACCAAAACUACUGGCGCCGAGUUCAAGUACAACGCGCAUGCGCCGCUGCCGAACAAUAUCAUGGACCGUUGGAUUCUUGCCCGCUGCCAGUCACUCAUCAAGCUCGUGCGCGAGGAGAUGGCGGCGUACCGGCUGUACACAAUCAUCCCGCGAUUGCUCGGGCUCAUCGACGAGUUGACGAACUGGUACAUUCGGUUCAACCGGAAACGGCUGAAGGGCGAGAACGGAAAGGAGGAUACGGUGUCGGCACUCAAUACGCUGUUUGAGGCGCUGUUCACGUUGUGUCGGACGUUGUCUUCGUACACGCCAUUCAUGACAGAAAACAUCUACCAGGCGUUGCGGCCCUUCAUCCCGGAGGACCCGAGCUUGCCGGAUACUCGUUCCGUGCACUUCCUCAGCUUCCCCGAAGUGAAGGAGGAGUACUUCGACAGCGACAUCGAGCGGCAGGUCAAGAGAAUGCAAUCCGUCAUUGAGCUGACAAGAUAUCUGCGCGAGAAGAAUAACUUGUCAUUGAAGACGCCGCUCAAGGAGCUCCUCAUCUUCCACCCGGAGACACAAUACAUCGAGGACGUCAAGCCAUUACGAAGAUACAUCGAGUCUGAGCUGAACGUGCGCGACAUCAUCUUCAGCUCCGACGAGUCCCUCUCCGGCGUGCGCUAUCGCGCCGUCGCAGACUGGGCCGUCCUCGGUCGCAAACUGCGCAAAGAUCUCGGUCGCGUCAAGAACGCACUGCCAAACGUUCCCAGCGAUGACAUCAAGUCUUACGUCGAGACCGGCACCCUCGUUGUCGACGGCAUCGAGCUCGUCAAAGGCGACCUCACUGUACAGCGGUACCUCGAGCUCGAGGGCCAGGGCCAGUUCGACACGCACAGCGACAACGACGUCGUCGUGCGCCUCGACAUCCAGGUGCACCCGGAGCUGCAGGGCGAGUGGUAUGCGCGCGAAGUGAUGAACCGCGUGCAGAAGUUGCGGAAGAAGGCCGGCUUGCAGGCGACUGACGAUGUGGAGAUGUUCUACGGGCUGGGCGAGGGCCUGGGUGCCGAGCUUGUCGAUGCGAUAGGCCAGUAUCCGGAGAUGAUCAAGAAGACACUCGGGGGCGAUCUCGUCGAUGUGAAGGCGAGGAAAGAGGGCAAGCAGACGCUCAUUGAGGAAGAGCAGGAGAUCGGGGACCUGAAGUUUAUGUUGUAUUUGGUUAAGCCCUGAAGGGCGUAGUGUUGUACUUACCAUGAUGCAUGUUGUACAUUAGUAGAAGCAAAGAACGAUGUACUAUCCAAAGUCCUUUUACUGAAACUUCUACUGCACAUUGCGGUAGCCUUUUG